CAGCCCAUCACCGUCGGGACCAGACUGGUUCUGGUUGAUAUCGUUUCAAAUGGCUAUUCCCGACUCCAGUACAGAUCUCACCAAAGUGUGGACAACCCUUAUCACAAACGCGGAAUACCUGCCCGGUCUAUUGACCCUGGAGUACUCCCUGCGACGAGUGGGCUCAAAGUAUCCGCUGGUAGUUCUGUACACGGAUUCCUUUCCCGCCAAGGGUCAUCGAAUCCUAGACGCCCGGGGUAUCCGGAAACAACAUGUCCCCUAUCUCCUCCCCUCAGUGCCCAAGGAUUACGUCAAUGACGUGCGGUUCUACGACUGCUGGAGCAAGCUCACCCCGUUCUCCCUCACUCAAUACAAGCGGGUGGUGCAACUCGACAGUGACAUGAUGAUCCUGCAAAAUAUGGAUGAGUUGAUGGAGAUCGAGUUGGACCCACCAGAGAUGGCGGGGACCGGAAACCGUGUAUUCGCUGCGAGCCAUGCCUGUGUCUGCAACCCACUCCACAAGACUCACUACCCCGAAGACUGGAUCCCAGCCAACUGUGCGUUUACCACACAACAUAAUAGUCCAGAGGCUGCUCAAAGUACAGGCGCCCCUCCCACCGCCGGGCUGGGUAUGCCAAAUGGGGGUCUGCAGGUUGUGAACCCAUCGCGGGCAGUCUAUGAUAAAAUCACGUCCCAGCUCACAAGCUCAUCGACAUCGAACUAUAAUUUCGCCGACCAGUCUCUUCUCUCCGACGUGUUUCAUGGUCGAUGGGUGGCUCUCCCAUAUAUUUAUAAUGCCCUCAAAACAAUGCGGUGGAACGGUGUGCAUGACGCCAUCUGGCGGGAUGAGCGUGUCAAGAAUAUCCACUAUAUUCUCAGCCCGAAGCCGUGGGACGAGCUCGAAGAUUGGCAGAUUAAGCAGGGCGGCGCAAAACAGAAGAGGGACCCCUCGCAUGCGUGGUGGCGGGAGUUGAAUGCAGAGCGACUGAAAGAUGACAAGGCGAGGGGCGUGGUAGACUUCUUGGGCUGAAGAUACCCGGUUGGUAUAUUCCCCGGCUUGGUUCACCACAGCUAUGGCUUCUCACGAAACACUGGCUGUUCUCGCCCCACUUCAAGCUUGAGAAUUGUCCUACCGAACGGCCCGUUUCUAUCAAUUGACUACAGUUGUUUGUUUGUUGAUGAUUGCGCAUUUCCAAGCGUGCAUUUCUAGCGUGCUGAAAGUCGGUUCUUUCGUCCUAGCGAGUUUUCAUGCUAGCUUGUCGAUGUAUUAUUUCAUUCACAUCUUUGUUGUUCUUAUUUUUUUCUCUGCGACUUGCCAUAGAAAGCGUCGUCUGUCU